AUGAAGCUCGCGCUCAACAUCCAGCCCCGACUCUGGGCGACGAAGGAGUAUUGGAGGCUACACCCGUCGCGCGCCUCCUAUGCGACCCAUAAUGGCUGGUCCAACGGAGACGUCGACGUCGUUGCGGAGGAUCAGCGCACGUGGAGGGCCGUCGACUACUUGUGGCUGUGGCUCUCUGAUUCGGCCAACAUCGGGACCAUGCAGCAAGCUGGCUCUAUUGUGGCACUCGGCCUGAGUUGGAGAGAAAGUGUCGUUGCCAUAGCCGUGGGCAAUCUGGUUAUCGCAGCAGCGGUCACACUUAAUGGUGCCAUCGGAUCACGCCAUCAUAUCCCUUUCUCGAUCGCCUCAAGGGCAUCGAUGGGCUUCUACUUUUCGUACUUCGCAGUCGCCUCGCGUCUCAUACUGGGGCUAUUGUACUUUGGAAUAAAUACCUACAUCGGGGCUUCCUGCAUGCUCAUCAUGCUGCGGGCGAUAUGGCCGUCUCUCAGCGACUACCCAAAUGCCCUACCGGCUUCCGCCAGUGUUGCCAGCAGCAAGCUGAUCGCUUACUUUGUCUUCUGGGUGCUCCAGUUCCCGCUGUUGCUGAUCCACCCCAGGAAGAUGCGAUGGCUCUUCUUUGUCAAGUCCAUCUGCGCCGUCGCUGCCGCUUUCGCCAUGCUGGGAUGGGCGGUACAGACAGGCGGGUCAGGGCCAGUAUUUGACCAGACCAGCAAGCUCAGUGGCAGCAGCAAGAGCUGGGCUUAUGUUGCGGGCAUCAACAUCGCCAUCUCCGGCAAGACGACAUUGGCGAUCAACAUGUCUGACCUGACACGAUAUGCGAAGCACCCAUCGGCGGCAUACUGGCAGAUGCUCUUCAUCCCCGUGGUCUACUGGGUAUUCUCGUUCAUCGGCAUCGUCAUCGCGUCGGCCGGUCAGACCAUUUAUGGCAAGCUGUAUUGGGACCCGACGGACAUCAUCGCCCUCUGGACGAGUCGCGCGGCGGCCUUCUUCUGCGCCUUCGCGUUCGGGCUUGCGACGCUGGGUACCAACAUCUCGACGAACUCCAUCGCGACGAGCAACGACUUCGCGUUCAUUGCUCCGAGCUGGCUUAACUUGCGCAGGGGAGCCGUGCUGACGGCCUUCAUCGGCGGCUGGGCGACGUGUCCAUGGAAGGUGCAGGCGAGCGCAAAGAGCUUGACGACGUUCCUCUCGGGCUAUGUCAUCGUCCUCGCUCCUCUGAUGGCAAUUAUGAUCUCGGACUACUGGAUAAUUCGGCGUGGAGUACUCGACGUCCCGGCACUGUAUCAAAACGAGGGGAGAUACAAGUACCAGAGCGGUGUGAACUGGCGCGCUCUCGCCACCCUUCUGAUCGUGGUGCCGAUCAACCUUCCGGGGCUUAUCCAUGCGAUCAAUGCAGACGUCGUUGUGGGUGCGGGAUACGCCCACUUCUACAAAGCCAGCUGGUUGACGUCGACGUUCAUGGCUGCCCUGGUGUACACCACCAUUAGCUUGGUAUGGCCGCCUCGGAGCACAUUGGGAAAGGAUACAGAAUCCGACAUCUGUGGUCAGGAACACGAUGCUGUGGGACGCGCGGAGGUCGCUGUCUCUGAUGUUGAAAAGGGACAGAUGUCGGAGAAAUUCUUGGCGACGGAUCAAUGA